AUGUUCAAUUCAGUUAUACUCUGUAAUCAUCAUGAGUUAACUGAACGUAUUCUUGAAUCAUAUACUGCUGUAAGUAAUUUAGAUGGCACUGAAGCUAAAUUACGAUAUUUAAAAUUAUGGCAAUCUUUACCUGAAUUUGGCAUUUCAACAUUUGUUGUUAAAUUUAAUGAUUCAAAUAGAAAAGAAGAAUUACUUGGCAUUGCUUCAAAUCGUCUUUUACGUAUGGCAAUGACAGGUGAGACAAUAAAAACAUGGUGGAUAUCACGAAUGCGUUCAUGGAAUGUUAAUUGGGAAAAUAAAUUAUUAACUAUUGAAUUUGAUAGUGAAACAAUAGAAUUUUUACCAUUAUAUGAUAUUAAUAGUAAAUGUAUACAUGAAUUUAUUGGUGCUUACAUUUUUUUGGCUAUGAGAUCAACAAGAAAAAUGUCUGAUAAUGAUAAUUCACUACAACAAGAAAAACUUUUUCAACAACUUACAGCUGCAUAUACGUAA